GAGGAGGAGCCGGGGGUCUGGCGCUGAGAGGGGGCUGCUGCUGCCUCUGCCUCCGCCGGCCUCCAAGAAGAGACCCGCCAUCAUCAUCAGCCAAGAAGAGGAGGAGUGAAGAGUUGUAGGGUGGAAGCUUCCUUUGGCCAGGACCCUGAAAACUGGCACUAUUCUGACCAAACAGGACGAUUGGAAGUUAAGAACACAGAAUAUAAGAAAAAAGGUGUUGUGUGGAAGUCUCCAUAAAGCUGUGGAAAGCACACUUUUAACCAGUCCAGAAGCAUACAAACAGGCAAAUAUUGGAAAGGCGGACCCUUGAAGAACUUAUUUCAUACUAAGCUCCAGGAGGGGUGAAUUCUUUGGGAACAUUGCCAAGAAGUAUGAAGAAUCUUGGCCAACUUGGAUAACAUAAAGGAGAAUGAGUGUUCUACUAAUUGAAGCUUUCUACGGAGGUUCACACAAGCAGCUUGUGGAUCUUCUGCAAGAAGAAAUAGAAGAUUGUGUCCUUUUCACUCUUCCUGCCAAGAAAUGGCACUGGCGAGCGAGGACUGCAGCUCUCUACUUUAUGCAAAAUGUGCCACCCAGUACUAAUUAUAGGAUCCUCUUUGCAAGCUCGGUGCUUAACCUGACUGAACUUGUUGCCCUUCGGCCUGACCUUGGCAAAUUGAAAAAGGUCCUUUACUUCCAUGAGAACCAAUUGACAUAUCCUGUCCAGAAGUGUCAGGACAGAGACUUCCAGUAUGGAUACAACCAGAUUCUUUCAUGCUUGGUUGCUGACAUUGUGGUGUUCAACUCUACCUAUAAUAUGGAGUCAUUCCUAACAUCUAUUGGAACAUUUAUGAAGCGGAUACCUGACCAUAGACCUAAACAUCUGGAAAAGCUAAUCAGGCCGAAAUGCCAGGUCCUUUAUUUCCCAAUAAGGUUUCCUGAUGUGAGCAGGUUUAUGCCAGAAUACAAGCAGAUCCAUUUUGAAAAAGCAGCGCACUCCAACCAAAACAGAAAUACUUCUCAUUGUGUAGACCUGCCUUUCCAAGAAAAGAACAUUGGGACUUCAGGUUUAAUAAUGAUCAGCAACUCAGACCAUGGGCCAGGGAAUGGUGACACACAGACUGAAUUUUGCUCUCUGUUACCGGAGAGAUCGCACGACCCAUUAACAACACUGGAUAACCUGGACAAACCAACACCUUCUAAAUGCACAAAUAUUUGUGAAGAAGAGAAUAGCCAACAUAUGUCUUCUACUUUUUGCAGCAUCGCAGGGAGAUUGGAGUAUGAGCAGAAAUGUUUGCAUAUUGUAUGGCCUCACAGGUGGGAACAUGAUAAGGAUCCAGAAAGUUUCUUUCAAGUGCUGCUGAAAAUGAAAGAGAUGGAAUUAAGUUUUCAUGUGUCUGUCCUUGGCGAGACCUUCACUGAUGUUCCAGAUAUAUUUUCAGAGGCCAAAAAGGCACUGGGAUCGUCUGUUUUACACUGGGGCUACUUACCUAGCAGAGAUGAGUAUCUGCAAGUUCUGUGCAUGGCUGAUGUUGUCAUCUCCACAGCUAAACAUGAAUUCUUUGGCGUGGCAAUGAUAGAAGCUGUAUACUGCGGCUGUUAUCCACUCUGUCCCAAAGCUUUGGUCUAUCCAGAAAUAUUUCCAGCUGAAUAUCUAUAUUCUACACCUGAACAGCUUUUUAAAAGGCUUCAGAAAUUCUGCAAGAGACCAGAUAUUGUGAGGAAACAUCUUUAUAAGAGAAGUCAAGUUCCACCAGAGAAAUUGAACUUCCUUCCUUGGAGACUUGUGAAUCCUGAGCUUGAGCAUCAACAGAGUGCAAUGGAGAGAUCUCUCCGUUUUCUUGGGCAGCGCUCCAUGGUAAAUUCAGGUCUCUGCUUGCAAUAGAACCCGAGGAAGAUUUGUGACAGAUGGGGCUAAGUCACAAACUUGCAGCCUAAGGCAAAAUCUGUAGAACUUUCCAGAGUGUGCCCAUAUUUACCUGAUCAGAGAGAAAAAGAAAAGCGGCAGAGGAAGCUCAGCCUGGCUGCUUGUCAUAGCUGACACAGAGCCAUCUGCCACAAACCUGUGGCGGCUUCAGAUCUCCAAUCCCUGCCACCACCCCAACUCAAAUUAAAUACAGAUUCCGAGAGACGUUACGAUGGUUACACAUGUCCUCAGCAUCACAUGUAGGAGACUGUUCAAAAAAGAAAAAAAAUGUGGCCUGUUGUAUAACUGCACUCAUGUAUCCCAUAUGUGGUGCCACAUUGAAUUUCCGGUUGAAUCUGUUUUUAUCCUUUGUACUGGAUGACAUGGUGCCUGAGUUCUUUCUUUUUGCUGACGUGAUGGCAGCCAAGAUUGAAGCUUCAAAUGCUCGCUUCUUGGCUAGCUUUCUACCUGGGUUGUCAGGUUAUCAGUGGAGCCUCACUACAUACUCCAAGGGCCACAGGGUCUGAAAAGAGGACCAGUAUCCCCUGGGUUUAUUCGGCAGG